AUAGUCUAGGGUUCGAAUCUCGACACAAAGUUUUGAGGUUCGAAUCUCCUGAAUUACACAUUAAAAUUCGAAGGUUCGAAUCUCUUCAAGUAAAGAAAGUUUAAGGAAGUUCUAAGCCAGCGAUGGCGGCAUCGCUUGGCGCAGCAUUUCCAGGGAUUUCCAGCUCCUUCUCGAGGGAUCGCGAGCAUCAUCGCCGGCGUGGCCAUGGAGGAGUCCCUGUUGCGGCUAACAGCAGUGGAGGCGGGGGUGGGAUCAAGACUUCGACGUCCCCAGUGGGGGAUUUCGGGCUCAAUCUGGCGGAAUACGAGGCGCUGCCAUCGAUUCAAGCUCCCAAGCGUGUUGUUCUUGUCCGCCAUGGCCAGAGUACGUGGAAUGAGGUAGGACGCAUCCAAGGCAGCUCCGAUUUCGCUGUUCUCACGCCCAAAGGUGAGAUUCAAGCCGAGACUUCCAGGCAGAUGUUGAUUGGGGACUCCUUUGAUGCCUGCUUUCACAGCCCACUCGCAAGGGCCAAACGAACAGCGGAGAUAAUAUGGGCUGCGAGACCACGUCCAAUGUUGUCAGUGGAUGACCUUCGUGAGAUUGAUCUCUAUGCUUUUCAGGGUCUAAUGAAGAAUGAAGGAAAACAGCGUUAUGGUGAUGCAUAUAGGAAAUGGCAAAUCGAUGCUCCCAACUUUGUCAUUGAUGGUCACUUUCCAGUCCGAGAACUUUGGGUCCGGGCACAGAAUUGUUGGAGCAGGAUUUUAAGCUCCCAAGGCUCUUCAAUUCUUGUGGUGGCUCACAAUGCUGUGAACCAGGCACUUGUUGCCACUGCCGCUGGAUUGGGACCACAUUACUUUAGACAACUUUUGCAGAGCAACUGUGGAGUGACCGUGCUUGAUUUUACACCACGUUUUAGUGGUGAUGGGCCUCCAUACACUUGUCUCGACAGACUUAAUCAGACUCCAAGUCCACCAGUUGCUGCGGGUGGAGGAAGAAAAGCACGGUGCUGCCUUGUUCUUGUUUGCCACGGAGCUACUGAAAGUACUGUUCAGAAGCGAUUUCCAUCCUCGGACAAGGAAACCAUGAACAUGCUGGGAGUUAUUCAGUCACGUAAGACAGCAGAAUUACUGCUUGAUGUUAGAGCAGGAAACAUUUUUUCCGGUCCGCAACCUUGCUCUGUGAGCACGGCAGCUUCAAUCGCCGAGGUUCAAGAGGCUGCUGAUUGUCUGGGAGCUGACUGCGUUCCCAGAUACGUAGAGGUUCAAACACUACCUGAAUUAGACGACAUGAAUUGGGGAGCUUGGCAGGGGAAACUGAAAGAAGAAGUCGCCCAUCAUGAACGAUGGCAGGACUUUCUCCAGCACGAGACCGUCGAGGGAGCCGAAAGCUUGUCACACCUGUGGGAGCGAGCUGGAAACGCCUGGAAGAAACUCACGCUCAGCCUCAAGGAUCUGGAAGGCACAGAAAACAGCACGGCUGUGGUGGUGGCUCACGAGACGGUUCUCACGGCUUUGCUCGCCCACUGCCUCGAUCUCUCGCAGGCCUUCCUCGGAUCCUUUCGAUUGGACACCGCUGGAGUGUGCGUGAUCGAUUUUCCCGAUGGAUACUCCGGCAAGGGCGUGGUUCGCUGCUGGAACUACACGGCCCAUCUCGGGCGAUGGGCGGUCCCGGUUACGCGCCCAACGCUGGGAGACGAGGAGUUCUAAGGAGACGCGCGAAAGCAAAGAUUUUAAAUUUGAAGCUGGUCGGGGGUUCGAAACCCGGCAUAAGGGAACAAAAUCUAGUCUCCAAUUUAGGGUUCUUCGUUUGUUCCAUGGCGACGGUGGCAGCGCAGAUAUCCUCGCGCGGGGCGAAUCUCAUUGCUGUGAUUGCGGACGAGGACACCGUGACGGGAUUCUUGCUGGCAGGAGUAGGGAAUGUGGAUCUGCGCCGCAAGACGAACUAUCUCCUCGUGGAUUCCAAGACGACUGUCAAGACGAUUGAGGAGACAUUCCGGGAUUUCACCACCAGGGAGGACAUUGCCGUCAUCUUGAUCUCGCAAUACAUCGCAAACAUGAUUCGCCUCACGAUCGACGCCUACAGCAAUCCCAUACCCGCGAUUCUGGAGAUCCCGUCCAAGGAUCACCCCUACGAUCCAUCGCAAGACUCCAUCUUGUCUCGUGUCAAGCACAUGUUCUCCGGCGAGCCCGCGAGCGCUUCCAGACAAUAGGAAAGAUCUCUUCGCGAAUAAUAAACCCUAGCUGAGAUUUUAGGGUUCUUCGCGGCUAUGGAUACCAAGCAAUGGAUCGAGGCUGGGCUGAGGAAAUUCCAGGAAGUGAGGAGCCGGCGCCAGCAGCUCCGGAGCGAGGCUGCCGCGGAGGUGAUGGUGGAUCCUCGCGUCAUUCUCACCAGGAAGGCAAUCUACGCGCUCGCAAUCGGCUGGAUGGGCGCCUUGGGGUAUCUCUACACGAUCAAUCGAUCCUGGGACAAGGCCGCUGAGAAGUCCGCCGCCGCCGCCGCCGCCGCGAACAGCCGCCAGCGCGAUGGGAUCUAAUCGAUCGCUCUUUCUUUC